AUGGAUCACCGCUUUAGUGAAGGAAGUAACAUUGUGCUUGACUGCUUUUCAUGUCUUGACCCCAAGAAUUCUUUCUCCAAGUUUGAUGUUGAUAAGCUUGCUCGUUUUGCAAAUAUUUAUCAUGUUUCCUUUUCUUCUUGUGAAGAUGUUCAAAGUUUGGUUAUGAAGAUGGUUCAAAACGAGAAACAUUUGGUAUUUCCAUUGGUCUACAAACUCAUUGAGUUGGCUUUGAUAUUGCCUGUAUCGACAACAUCCGUUGAAAGAGCUUUUUUAGCAAUGAAGAUUAUCAACUCUAAAUUGCGCAACAAGAUCAACGAUGUAUGGUUCAAUGACUUGAUGAUAUGUUACACCGAGCGGGAGAUAUUCAAGUCACUUGAUGAUGUUGAUAUUAUUCGAACAUUCGCCGCAAGAGGUCUCAGAAAAGAACAAAUCCAAUUUGUCCAUGGAGAUUUAGAUGGUCUUCUAUGGUUUGUUCCUUUGCUUAGUCAAUGA